AUGGGAGAGCCCAUGGAAGUCCGGGCCGCGUUCAAGGAAGCCAAUGACUUUUUGAGUCCAGUGCUCAAUCGAGGCAUUGCCAAAGUUGAGAUCGAGAAUUCUGAAGGCAAGUCUCUAUUGGAGACACUAAACCAGACUGAAGAUCUCGCACCCGGUGGCGGUGAACGUACAAGGACUUCCGUCAUCACCAAGGCGUUGCAAAUACUGAGCCGCAUACACAAUGCAUUUGUCACCCCAGACUUAGAGCAGUCUCAGUUUCUAGCCACGGAAGGUGAAGAUGGAGCUCUCGAAGAUGCAAAGCGUCGCCGAAUGCUUCAUGCACUCUUGGAUCUGAUCUCCCUCGAAGGAAUCUACCCGUCACUCUCAUCUGGUGUUGGAAUUCCUCUCCAGCAGCGAGUGAUUUCUGUGCUGCCUGCUGGUGUCAUCGCAACACAAGCACCGAUUCCCACAAGUAGCUCACCUCGCAAUGUUUCUCUUCUCCGCAAAGUUAUGGAGACUCUUCUUACCAUCAUCAUGGACACGAGAUCAAGCAUGCAGCCUAUCAUUCGAGGCCGUAUUCUAAGCGACCUCAUCAGCGGCACGGCUGAUCUUGCCUUCAACCCGAACUGCAGUGACUCUGAGGAAAGAAAUUAUUUUCAAACACAGUUUACCAGGAUAUUAGACGAAACACCCAGUGUAGUCCUGUUGCCUACGCUGUCUGCAUUUCUUCAAACGGAUCCUACCGCCUGGUUCAAAUCAAUAGUGUCAAGUCAAAUAUCUCAAAUACCUCUCCGCUCUGGAGGCGUCCUACAGACAAUCAUGUUCAUCGCCUCACAAUGCGCCCCCUCCCUUGGACAGGAGGCUCACAGCGAGCCAUCGAACGGUCCGCACUUAACUCUCCCAGCUAUAAUGCAUAUAUCGAAGCUUCUCUCCUCCGUUCCACAAGGAGCAGACCCUGUUUCGUACUUUAAAAUCAUUGCACCUCAACUUUUGACAAUUCUUGACGGCGAAGAUCCAGACCUUGUGAAGACCGUGUCAUACACAAUUGGAAGCGGCAUUCUUGGAAAGAGAAGCUCCGGGGCCCCGGGCACAAUCGGACAUGCCAUUUUCGUGGAGCCCCUUUUCAACACCCUCACUGCCGAACUAAACGAUUCAACAAGACGGUGGAUGUUGCAAUCAGAGCCACUGGAGUCCAAACGCAGCAUACUUUCAAAUAUCAUCGUGGAUGACACAUUGGUAGACCGGGCACUCGACAGAUUACAGAAGAUUGCACUGCAGCACCCGAAUCCAGGGCUGGUGAAGAGGAUUGUCUCCCCAAUUCUUCUACCACUGUGGGGCUUGCUAUGUUAUUCCAAAGAGCACGAACUGGAAGCAAUUCAUGCUAGGAUCAUGGCAAUACUUCAAACAUACUUCAGCAUAUCAGUGGGCCUGUUGCCGCUCAAGAAACUUGUUGAUAACCUACUAUGGGAUGGUGGAUCGACUUGGACUUACAACUCCAGUGUUCAAGGGGGAGUCGAUCUGGUUAAGCGGAAUGAUCGGGACAAUGAUCAGUCAAAUUUGAUCAAAUUGAUUGAUUCCCUUCAAAAUCGGACAGAACUAUUCGCUGGUCUGCUGGGUUCAGAUCCGAGAAGUGAAGACUUGACUGGUGACAUAUUCCUUUAUGCAAGCCAGACAUGGCUUGUAAGCUCGAAAACACAGGGACCGCAAACAAUUGGAGACUCGGAAAAUAUGUUCAAGAAGCUUAUCAGCGCAAAGGUUGCGGAGAAACUACUGGAUACCUUCAAAGACACAUUGUCUCGCCGUCCACUUCGGGUGCUAGAACUUAUCAAGCAAGUCAUUGAUGGAGAACUACACACAUCUGGCUCCAAUACGACCAGCCAAGGAGGGCAGAAGUCUGGGACACCCUCAUUAUCGACACUCGCCAACAUUGUGUCCCCGGAAAGCACAAAUGACGAAGAACUCAACAAUGACGCAUCUGAGUCAUUGUCCACUGCCUUCAGCUUACUGUCUACUGUCCUGGCUUCAGCAGAGUUUUCGAUGUCUGAGGACAUUAAGUCUCUCCUGGGAUCCAUUAAGGCCUCCUUGGACGAACUUAUUCCUUUUCUUCCUAACAGUCUCUCCAAGCCGGCAACGACCUCAUCAAUGCUGCUGGAGAUCACACUCACCUCCCCAGAAUACAGCGCUACCAAAGCACCGCUACCACAUAUCGCCGAUCUCGAAACACAUCGUCAAGCCCUCGCAAACCUCAACUCGGACCUCCCGCCUGUCCAAGGAGAAGGAUUCUCCCUACUCUCAAAACUAAUCCUCAAAUCUUCCCCCGUUCUCGACAUCCCGUCAACCCUAACACUCCUCCUAUCAAUCAUAACCGACGUCUCUGAAUCAACCGCCAAUGAAGACUUUAUCUACCUCAACGCCAUCAAACUCAUCGGCACAUUGGCAUCCCGUCACCCCCACACCGUAGUAAAAACGCUGGUCGACAGCUACGCGGACAAAAACGAACAACGCACACUAGACCAGCGCCUAAAACUCGGCGAAUCACUUCUCCGAACAGUCCAAGACCUGGGAACCGCAUUGACAGGUGAAACAGCCAAAACCCUCGGUGAAACCAUGGUGAGCGUCGCAGGCCGCCGGGGAAGCAAGCCACAGGCCCAAAAAUCCCGCAAGAGACAGGAAGAGAAGGAGCGCCGAGCCAAAGAACGCGAAGAAAGGAAACAAAAAGACCUUGCCAUGCCCGAAGGAUGGAAGAGUUCAGUCGGGCCUUCCAGCCUCAAAGAACUGGAUCCAGACUCCGACGACGACGAAUCCCCAGAACAAUCAGCCCACGCCGCCAAUAUCGUUGCUGCAUGGGCCGCCGGUGCGCCAAGCGACUCUGAGCCAGAGGAUCUGCGUAUCCGCGCAUCGGCCGUUUCAAUCCUUGCCUCAGCCAUUCAAACUAAUAUCAUUGGGCUGGGAUCCACUAUCGUUGCAUCGGCCGUGGACCUCGCGCUGGCCACACUGACGUUGGAGCCGGCACCCGAAAGUGCGAUUCUGCGGCGUGCAAGCGUAGUCUUGAUUCUUGAUAUUGUGAAAGCACUUGAUACCGCACGUGAAGAACGAAAGGGGAGGGACGUUGGCUUUGGCUUUUCGAUUAUGGAUGAUGGGUAUUCUCAUGCUGCGGCGCAGAGUCGGGGCCCGGCUACUAUUGGGAAUAUCCCGUCUAUGUUGCGGACGCUUGGAUUCAGCGAGAGUCGAGAAGAGGAUGUUAUUGUGCGGGGGCAUUUGCGGGUGCUUAUUGAGAGCUUGGAGGCGUGGUUGGAGAAGUCUUUGAUGUGGGGAAUUGGUUCUGGGGGUGUAUCGGAUAUCAAGAUGGAGUUGGAUGAUCAUAUUGCUGGACUGGAUGUUGAUCCUUUAGCUGGAAGGGGUGGGUCUUCGAGGCCUAGAAUUGAGGAGAUUGAGUAG